GCUAUGCAACGGUAUGAUUCUUGUACUAAUCUUUAAUUCUUUACCAUGAAAAAUAAAUUUGUGGUAAAUUAGAAAAGUUUGAUUCAAAAAAAAGAAAAGAAAAGUCUGCUUCAUGUAAUUAUUAGCACUCUCAACUCUCUCAUCUUCAUUAUCUUGUUUAACUUCAAGGAAUUUCUAUGUCCAUCACUCACAGCCUCAAAGGCAAGCAACUGCCUACGUUUAUAGCUGACAACUUCAACUCUCUGGAUGAGGUCACAGCGGCUCUGAGAGAAGCUGGCCUCGAGUCAUCAAAUUUGAUACUUGGUAUUGAUUUCACAAAGAGCAACGAAUGGUCGGGAAAGUAUUCAUUCAACCGAAGAAGCCUUCACGCAGUUGGUCGUGAUCCAAAUCCCUAUGAGAAAGCUAUUUCUGUAAUUGGCCGAACUUUAUCUCCUUUUGACGAUGACAACUUGAUACCUUGUUUUGGAUUUGGUGACGCAACAACCCGUGACAGAAGUGUUUUUAGCUUCUAUCCUAAUCAUCGUCCUUGCAAUGGUUUUGAGGAGGUGCUUGCACGAUACAAAGAGAUUGUUCCGUACAUCAGGUUAUCAGGACCUACCUCAUUUUCCCCUAUCGUAGAUGCGGCAAUUGACAUAGUGCAAAGCAGCAAUAUGCAAUAUCAUGUCCUGGUGAUCAUCGCAGAUGGGCAGGUAACCAGUACUCCUGAUUUACAACCUGGAAAGCUUAGUCCCCAAGAACAAGCAACAGUCAAUUCUAUUGUUCUUGCCAGCAAUUAUCCACUUUCCAUUGUUCUGGUUGGUGUUGGUGAUGGACCCUGGGAUGCCAUGCAAAAGUUUGAUGACAAUAUUCCUCAUCGGGCAUUUGACAAUUUUCAGUUUGUGAAUUUCACUAAGAUAAUGUCGGAGAAGAAGGAUAUGUCAAAGAAAGAAGCAGCAUUUGCUCUUGCUGCAUUAAUGGAAAUCCCAUUUCAGUACAGAGCCACCCAACAGCUUGAAUUUAACAAGAGUAAGCAUUUGAAUGAUGGUCCUCGAAAUAAGCCGCUUCCUCCUCCGCAUGAAGUGAUAGAUCAUGAUAAUUCGAUCAAACAGGCUGCUCACACUUCUUCCUCUGCAGAACCAGUGGAUUUUAAUGUUCCUUUGGAGCAGUGCUGCCCAAUUUGCCUGACAAAUCCGAGAAACAUGGCGUUUGGAUGUGGUCAUUUGACAUGCAAGGAUUGUGGUGAAACACUUUCGACAUGUCCACUGUGUAAGCAGCCCAUCACAACACGCGUGAGACUGUAUAGUUGAAAAUUUCAUCGAUGUAGCAGAAUCCAUCACAAUAAUAAUGUGAAGCGUAGUAUGGUUUGUAUCUGUAAUAUUUGUUUUAUUUAUAGUAAUUGGAAAUUAUGUUAUUUGUUGUGAUCAUUGAAAUUCUUGAUAUGUCAAUACCAGACAUUGUAAAUUUGUAAUACUGUGUGAGCUUUAUGCAGCUUAUAAUGAUUCCCAAAUAUAUAUAUCACACUAUGCGUCGUUCUGAAUUAAA